AUGGCUGCCACUUACGCUACAAAUAAGGGCGCUCCCAGCUCAGUUCACGGCAGCCACGAGACCGUCUUCGGUGUCGAAUUUCCUCUCACUUCCGAGAAGCCUGAAAACAUCGCUCCAUCAUCUCCCGGUCCCAAGACGAACGCAAAAGACGAACAGACAAGCUCGAAUGAUGAUGAGGAGGAAAUCAGGGAGAUGGAGCGCCGACACUCCAUCGUGCGUGACCUCGCUCGUCAAUACACAAACACCUCGAAUCACGUUCAGGAGAGUCAUGCAAAUCUCUCGGCUGCCAAUGACAAGGAAUCACCUUUGAACCCGCACAGCGAUAACUUUAAUGCCAGAGCCUGGGCCAAGGCCUUGAGCAACACGAUGAAGGAGCAUGGGAGUGGGUUCCGUCAAAGUGGCAUCUGCUUCCAGGACCUGCAUGUCUUUGGUUACGGUGCUGAGACGGAUUAUCAAAAGGACGUUGGCAACGUAUGGCUCGAGGUCCCCAGUCUGGCCCGCAACCUCUUCUCGCCCAACCGCGGUAAGCGCAGGAUCGAUAUCCUUCGCGGUUUCGACGGCGUCGUCAACGCGGGUGAGAUGCUUGUUGUUCUUGGCCCUCCUGGUGCCGGGUGCUCAACCUUCUUAAAGUCCUUGUCCGGUGAGACCAACGGUAUUUAUGUCGACGACGGCGCGUAUUUGAACUAUCAUGGUAUCCCCGCGCACGAGAUGCACAAGCACCAUAAAGGAGAGGCCAUCUACACUGCCGAAGUCGACGUUCACUUCCCCAUGCUCUCCGUUGGUGACACGCUCACCUUUGCUGCUCGGGCCCGCUGCCCGCAGAACCUGCCGGCUGGUAUCAACCACAAUCAAUACAGCGACCAUUUGCGCGAUGUUGUCAUGGCAAUGUACGGUAUCAGCCAUACUGUCAAUACCCAGGUCGGCGACAACUACAUUCGUGGUGUUUCUGGAGGUGAGAGAAAGCGAGUCACCAUUGCCGAGGCCACGCUCUCAAACGCUCCCUUUCAAUGUUGGGAUAACUCAACCCGUGGCCUGGAUUCUGCCAACGCCAUUGAGUUCUGCAGGACCUUGCGAUUGCAGUCCGAGCUCUUCGGCCAGACCUGCGCCGUCUCAAUCUAUCAAGCCCCCCAGACGGCAUAUGAAAUGUUCGACAAGGCCCUGGUCAUUUAUGAAGGACGACAGAUCUUUUUCGGUCCCACCAACGAGGCAAAAAGUUAUUUCAUCAAUCUCGGUUUCGAGUGUCCUGACCGUCAAACCACACCCGACUUCCUGACCUCGAUGACAGCCCACUCUGAGCGUGUCAUCCGCCCCGGCUGGGAGAACAAGGCCCCCCGUACACCUGACGAGUUCGCCUCCCGGUGGAAGGAGAGCCGCGAGUAUCAGCUCGUGCAAGCCGAAAUCGAGAACUACAAGAGUCUCUAUCCCAUCAAUGGCUCCAGUGCCGAUGCAUUCCGCGAGAACAAGAAGUCGGCUCAGGCCAAGGGCCAGCGCCUCAAGUCGCCCUUCACGCUCUCGUACAUACAGCAAGUCCAGCUGUGCUUGUGGCGAGGCUGGAAGCGUCUCAAGGGAUCUCCCGGGGUGACAAUCUUUUCUCUAAUCGCCAAUACUUGUACUGCCCUCAUUGCUUCCUCGCUCUUCUACAACAUGAAACCAUCGACUGCGGACUUUUUUAAGCGCGGCGCGGUUCUGUUUCUUGCUGUCCUGUCCAACGCCUUUGCAUCUGCCCUGGAAAUCUUGACUCAAUACUCACAACGCCCUAUUGUUGAGAAGCAUGCUCGUUACGCCUUCUACCAUGCCUCUGCCGAAGCGUUCUCGUCUAUAUUGGUCGAUAUGCCGUAUAAGAUCUGCAACAGUAUUCUGUUUAAUGUCACUCUCUACUUCAUGACAAACUUGAACAGGGAUGCCGGAGCUUUCUUUUUCUAUCUCUUGGUUUCGUUCCUCAUGGUUUUGGCCAUGUCUGGUAUUUUCCGAUCGAUUGCUUCGCUCUCUCGGACGCUCUCCCAGGCUAUGGUUCCAGCUUCACUUCUCAUCCUCGCACUGGUAAUCUUUUCCGGCUUCGUCAUUCCCACUGAUUAUAUGCUCGGUUGGUGCCGCUGGAUCAAUUACCUCGAUCCCGUCGCCUACGCGUUCGAGGCAUUGAUGGUCAAUGAGUUCCACAAUCGCAACUUCACUUGCAACGGAUUCGUACCUAGCCCAGCCAUCUCCGGUUACGAAGAUGUGAGCUCUGCCAAUCGAGCCUGCGACACUGUGGGCAGCGUUCCAGGACAAAACUUUGUGAGUGGUGAUGCCUUCAUCAACUCCAAAUACAAGUACUAUCGCUCCCACAAGUGGCGGAACGUGGCCAUCAUCAUUGCAAUGGUCAUAUUCAACCACAUCGUCUACAUUGUCGCCACUGAGUACAUAUCCGCCAAAAAGUCCAAGGGCGAAGUUCUCGUCUUCCGCCGUGGUAAAAUGCCCGCUGUCUCCAAGGGCAAGGGCGACUUCGAAGCUGCCUCUUCCGGUUCCAUCACCGCCGUCAACAAGCUCAACAAUGAUAAUGAAAAGGUCAACAUCCAGGGUUCUACCAGCGUCUUCCACUGGAACAAUGUCUGCUACGACAUCAAGAUCAAGGGCGAACCAAGACGAAUUCUCGACAAUAUCGAUGGCUGGGUCAAGCCAGGAACUCUCACUGCCCUCAUGGGCGUGUCAGGUGCUGGUAAGACUACUUUGCUGGAUUGUCUCGCAGACCGCAUUUCAAUGGGCGUCAUCACUGGCGAGAUGCUCGUCGACGGAAAGAUUCGUGAUGACUCCUUCCAGCGCAAAACGGGAUAUGUGCAGCAACAGGAUCUGCACCUGGAGACUAGCACCGUUCGUGAGGCCUUGACUUUCAGCGCCCUACUCCGGCAACCUGCGACAACCCCGCGCGCUGAGAAGAUUGCUUAUGUUGAUGAAGUUAUAAAGCUGCUAGAUAUGCAAGAGUAUGCCGACGCCGUUGUCGGUGUCCUUGGCGAGGGUCUCAACGUUGAGCAGCGUAAGCGUCUCACCAUCGGUGUUGAGCUCGCAGCUAAGCCACCUCUACUCCUUUUCGUUGACGAACCCACUUCUGGUCUUGACUCACAGACAUCCUGGGCUAUUCUUGACCUCCUCGAGAAGCUGUCAAAAUCCGGGCAGUCUAUCUUGUGUACGAUACAUCAACCGUCCGCCAUGCUGUUCCAGCGCUUCGACCGACUGCUCUUCCUAGCUAAGGGGGGACGAACCAUCUACUUUGGAGACAUUGGCAAGAACUCGGAAAAGUUGACUAGCUAUUUUGAGAGGAACGGAUCUGAUUCUUGCCCCAACGGCGAGAACCCUGCAGAAUGGAUGCUGGAGGUCAUUGGCGCCGCCCCUGGCGUGCACACUGAGAUCGACUGGCACCAGGUUUGGCGCGAGAGCCCCGAAUACCAGGAUGUCCAGGCUGAGCUUCAGCGUCUCAAGGCUGAUGGUGUUGGUUCCGAUUCUGCUCUACACGAAAACGACCUUGAAUCUUAUCGCGAGUUCGCAGCUUCCUUCUGGGAUCAGCUGCGCGUUGCCACUGAGCGUGUCUUCCAGCAGUACUGGCGCACACCGUCCUACAUCUACUCCAAAGCUGCUCUGUGUAUUCAGGUUGCUCUCUUCAUCGGCUUAGUCUUCCUCAACGCACCGCUAUCAAUUCAAGGCUUGCAGAACCAGAUGUUCGCCAUAUUCCAGAUCCUUACAGUCUUCGGCCAGCUAGUUCAACAGCAGAUGCCUCAUUUCGUCCUCCAGCGGUCCUUGUACGAGGUCCGAGAACGUCCAUCCAAGACAUACAGUUGGAAAGUAUUCAUGCUCUCGCAGAUCAUUGCCGAGAUUCCAUGGAACACUCUCAUGUCGGUUCUGAUGUUUGUCUGCGUGUACUAUCCGGUUGGUUUCCAGAAGAAUGCGGCGGUUGCUGAUCAGACUGCUGAACGCGGUGCCCUGAUGUGGCUUCUUUUCUGGCAGUUCCUCAUCUUUACAUGCACCUUUGCCCACGCUUGUAUUGCCAUCACGGAUACUGCCGAGGCCGGCGGAAAUUUGGCCAAUGUUGUAUUCAUGCUCUGCCUGUUCUUCUGCGGUGUUCUGGCCUCGCCUGAUAAUAUGCCCGGUUUCUGGAUCUGGAUGUACCGCGUCUCGCCUUUUACAUAUCUAGUCUCUGCCAUUUUGUCGACUGGCCUGGCCAAUACAGAGGUAACGUGCGCUGCCAACGAGUACGUCAAGUUUGAUCCGCCCAACGGCUCGACCUGCAAUGACUUCCUAAAAGACUACGUCGAUAAAGCUGGUGGUUACUUGCUGAACCCGGAUGCAACUUCCAAGUGCAACUUCUGCACUAUCAAAGACACCAAUGUGUAUUUGAAGGCCCUGAGCUCGAGCUACACCCACCGAUGGAGGGAUUUUGGUAUUGGCAUGGUAUAUAUCGUUGUCAACAUUGCCGGUGCUCUUGUCCUCUACUGGCUGGUUCGCAUGCCCAAAAACAAGAACAAGAAGAAGCAGUAA